GACACAGAGAUGCUUUUAUCAUUGGAGACUGAGAUUGUGGAAGCAAUGUGCCAACUGGAGCGGUUCUUCCCUCCAUCACUAUUUGACAUCAUGUUCCAUCUUCCUCUACAUCUAGCAAGGGAGGCACGUUUGGGUGGACCGGUACACUUUCGUUGGAUGUAUCCAUUUGAGAGGUAUAUGAAGACACUUAAAGGUUAUGUCAAAAAUUAUGCAAGGCCAGAAGCUUGUAUGGCUGAGGGCUACUUGGCUGGAGAAUGCAUAGCCUUCUGCUUAGACUUUUUAAAGAAUUCUGCACCUGUGGAAGAAGCAGUAAAACGAAAUGAAGAUGUCGAGUCUGAUGAUGUUAUCCUUGAGGGUCGCCCACUGCAGAAGGCUACUGAAAUUAAACUUUCAGAUAAAGAGAGAGAUAUAGCCCAUCUGUAUGUGUUAAUGAACACAUCAGUUAUGGAGCCAUAUGUUCAGAUGCAUUUAGAAGAAUUGCAAGCUAACGAUGUCAGAUGUGCAAGAAAUGAAACUUUAUUAUGGAAAUUUCAUACAGAAAGGUUUGCACAGUGGGUAAAGGAAAAGAUACCUUCUAACUCAGAGGCUCACUCUAAGAAGCUGAGGUGGCUGACAUUUGGACCAAGACAUAUUGCUCAAAGCCAUAAGGGUUUUGUCAUAAAUGGACAUCGAUUCCACACUGAUGAUGUUAAGCGGGAGACUCAAAAUAGUGGAGUCACAUAUGAAGCCUUUUCUAUGUGUAGAGCAAGUGCACGCGAUAGUAAACAGAUGGCGGAUGUAGUUACAUAUUAUGGAGUGAUCAAGGAGAUCAUUCUGGUGGACUACCACAUGUUCCAUGUUCCUCUAUUCAAGUGCAGUUGGGCUAACACAGGGAAUGGUGUAAAGGAAGAAGAAGGAUUUACUAUUGUCAACCUUCAUCUUAAGCAGACAGCGUUUCUCCGAGAUCCAUACAUACUGCCAUCGCAAGCAAAACAAGAUCAGUCAUGGCAAUUACAAGAGGAGGAGGAAAUCUCCGCCGCAGUAACCGUCAGGCAGGAAGAGGUGUGA